AAUAUAAGGAAAGUUUGCGACAUGCGCGGUAGGAGCGCGCUGCCCGGGAUAGCUCGGUCCAAGGUGUGUUACGUUUUACAACCGGCGUGAUAUUAGUAAUGGCUCACUUCAAGUCCGGUGCGGUGUUUGUCGAUAACGGCCUAACUGACGGAAUGGACGGUAGUGACAUGGUGCGACGAUUAGCCGGUGUUGGUGACUCGUGAACAGCUAGUGCCGCCUCCAGUAUGACGUCGAGCUGUCUGCGUCCGCGAGCCGCCCCCUCGCUGCUCGCCCUCGUGCUCGCUACACUCGCCCUGCUGCCCGCCUCCCUUCAACAGGACGAGGACAUUCCCCACCACGAAGUGAAAAAUUGGGCCUUAAAAUUCGGACAAGAAAUGUGGGAAUUCGGGCGGCAAUUUACGAAAAUGAAUGAAAUUCAAAGGAAAUUUCAUGACUUGGAUGCUGAAGUAGCUAGAAAAGAUGGCCUUAUUCUCAUACGAGAGUUGGCAGCGGAAGUGAAGAACAUGAUCGAUAUAAAAAUGAACGCAGUUAUGAGGAUAAUGGACUCAGCCGAGCAGGCAGCCUUGUCUCAGAAAGCUGAGGGAGGUAAUGCACGAUACUUCAACAGCAGGAAAAUCGUCGAAGAUGGCCAAUCAGGGGGAGGCCAGGAUAUAUUUCUGGUGCCGAACAGACAUUUCGACCACCAAGCUGUAAAUACAUCAUUCAGUACAGUGCUAUUACCGGAGUCUCUGUCGGAUACAGAGUCUCAUGUAGUGAAUGCCUUGAGGUGGUCAGAACAUCUCGAUCCUGUAUUUGUAAAUAAUUACGAGAUGGACCCAACGUUAUCGUGGCAGUUUUUCGGCAGUUCAACGGGCUUCCUCAGAAGGUUUCCAGGUAUGAAGUGGCCAACGGACGAAGUGGCUAUAAGACAGGAUCUGCACGACUUUCGCACGAGCAGCUGGUUCGUGGGUGCAGCUACAAGUCCAAAAGACGUCGCCAUCCUUCUCGACGUGUCCAGCGCGAUGUAUGGCAAGCAUCGCGAUUUGGCUCGCGAGACUGUCUCCGCUAUACUCGACACUCUCACCGACAACGACUUUGUCAAUGUUUACACGUUUUCCGAAUCGACAACAGAGCUUGUCACUUGCUUCAAAGAUAUGCUUGUGCAGGCCACUGAAGGAAAUAAAAGAGAGUUGAAGAAAAUGCUCCCCCAUGUGAAGAGCGAUAACGUAGCAAAUUUCACGUCAGCGUUUGUUACUGGAUUUGAAAUUCUUCACAAGUACAAUCGAACGAACCUGGGUUGUCAGUGCAACCAAGCGAUAAUGCUCGUUUCUACUGGUCCUGCCAAUAGCAUUAAAGAGAUUUUCAAGCAAUACAAUAUGCCACACAUGCCAGUUCGAGUUUUCACCUACUUGGUUGGCAAAGACACAUCAAAUAGCGCAGAAAUGAAAUCGAUGGCUUGUUCAAAUAAAGGGUUCUAUGAGCAUAUACAGGAAGUUAAAGACGUGAGAGAAAAGGUAUUCAACUACAUAAAAGUGCUCGCAAGACCGAUGGUUAUGUACCAGAACGACCAUCCCAUCCAGUGGACACCAGUAUAUGCCGGUGGAAAGAUCAAUACACUUCUGAGCAACAGUGUGGAGGAAGGCCAACUCAUGACAUCUGUUGCCACACCAAUCUUUGACCGGAGGAAUUAUUCGGUAAGUGAUGCCAGCCUGUUAGGAGUAGUUGGCACCGAUAUUCCCAUUCAACAGCUACAGAAACUUGUGCCUGCCUACAAGUUGGGUGUGAAUGGAUAUUCAUUCAUAGUCAACAACAAUGGGCACGUUCUCUAUCAUCCGGAUCUAAGGCCACUGCUCAACAAGGACUUGUUUGUAGAGACGCUAAAGCCGAACUACAACAAUGUCGAUUUGAGCAGUGUAGAGCUGGUUGACUCUGAUGUCAACCUGCGAGAUAACAACACGCUCCUCAUGGAUAUGCGACACGACAUGAUUGACCAAAAAGAAGGAGAGACUGAGCUGAAAGUAAAAAUUCAUUACGAUGAAAUGAGACGAGUGACAACCAGGAGACACAAAUACUUUUACCAUCCGAUCGAAGGCACACCCUUCUCGCUUGGUCUUGCUCUGCCCGACGGCUAUGGCAUGUAUCAGGUGCUGGGAGAGCAGGAGAUAAAGCUCAGUCAUGUCAAUGUCACUGAAUAUUUCAAGGGCGAUAACUGGCGAGUCCACCCUGAUUGGGUGUACUGCGAGUACAAUUAUCCGAAUGAGCACAAUUUCAAGUCGCCUGAGGAGCAGGUGUUGCACUUCCUGUCCCGCACCCGGAAACCGGGUUGGAAGUGGAUGUCGCUCAGGCCACGUUCCCCGCAAGACCUGGGAAAUUCCAACACGAAGAAGAUGGAGAAGGAUUCCUACUACUGUGACAAGACCCUGAUGCAAUCACUGGUAUUUGAUGCCAUCGUAACAGAGGUAUUGGAGAGGCCAAGUGCUUCUACUCUUAAGGAGGACAAACACCCCAUCGCCACACUGAUGGCUCUCCUAUACAGGCAAGGGUACCAAAUGUUUGGGGUGGCUCAGACGUUCAUCGCGACCCGCAGUGGACUACUGAGGUGGCAGGGACAGGGAGGAAUGCAGAGUGAUCCAUUCUUCAGUGAUUCAAACCGUCGAGCAGUGGAUGAAGUUUGGUACAAGAGAGCGGUCGAUCAACACAGCAUUGAACCAGAAAGUUUUGUCUUCUCUGUACCGUUCAAUGCUGGUAAUAGUGAGAAAACGUUGGUGACAGCCACUCACGCUGUUUUUGUGGAGCACAAGGGUCACAGGGCUCCAGCGGCCGUCAUAGGAAUUCAGUUCCAGCAUUCAGCUCUAGCCUCUCAUUUCAUCAACGUCACAUCAGCUUGUACGGUGAAGACUGGCUGCAAGAAAACAUGUGCCUCAGCAGAUCUUGAUUGCUACGUUCUGGAUAAUAACGGAUUCAUAAUACUUUCUGAGAAAGCAGAACAGACGGGAAUGUUCUUUGGCCAGGCUGAUGGAACAAUUAUGGACUCGUUGGUUCAAGAUGGCAUUUACAAGAAAAUCUCCAUUAUGGACCACCAAGGCGCAUGUGUGGACACGAAAUCCAACCUAAACAGAGGCGCUUACUCAUGCUCGAUGCCGUGGCAGCCGAUAGCCUGGUUUGCUCGCUGGUUAUUCGGUCAUCUGAUGUGGUUGUCAAUGCAAUUCCAUCUCACACCACUCUGGGAGCCACACUUCACGGCGGCACAAGAAGAUACAAAUGACGGCAAUACUUACGGAGAAUUCUAUCCAGACUAUGCAGAAAUUCCAGACGACGAAAUCACGGGCGGCGGCAGCAGCAGCAGUAAUAAUUUCGAUGAAAACAGCGGAAAAACGUAUUCGAACGAGGACAAAGAGCCGGGCAUGAGCUACCCAGAUGUGCCGCAGCCGCCCGCUAUGGCUUCGCCCCCCCUGGCGACGUCGCGGCCCCCUCCCAACCGCACGCAGCGGGCGCGUCCCUGCAACAAGCGGGUCGACCUCUACAUCCUCCAGCCGGCCCGGCUCAACAACAGCAAUCCACUCAAAGGCAAACUCACCAACUGCCACGUCACUGGUUGUGAAAGGCCGUUCAGCGUUCAGAAGAUACCCAGGAGCAAUCUGAUACUGCUGGUAGUGGACACAUUGUGCCCAUGUGGCAACAAGCACCUGAGCAUAGACCCACAAGAGAUAGUGGCCGAUGAUGCGACGCCGCAGACCUGCCAAUCUCCCAACGAGCACGAUCUCUACAGGCGCCGCCCCAACAAGUGCAUCAACUACCAUCCCGAAGAGGUGGCGAUUAAGAAGUGCAGUUCAGCUUGCUCUCUAUCAGCAUCUCUGUCGCUCCUAGUCGCUCUUCUACUGGCAGCUUCAUGAUCACAACAACACAUCUAAUCAUAGAAAUUCUCUUAACAAAUGAAGAAAGAGCCUAUUCAGUUUAGGAAAGUGGAAUUUUUAAAUUUAUGGUGGCUUCGAUUUUACUCUAGUUCUAAUCUAAUAUUUAGUUCGGGGUUCUACUUAGUUUCUAACGGACUACAGUUUACAAUGACGGUGUGGUUGUUUUCAUGGACAUUCGUAGCUGGGAAGUGCUUGAAAUAAUUGGAAUGUUAUUUACUAUACGGUAUUGAUUAAAAAUCUACUAUUGAAUUGUGAUUCAAAGUUGCUACUUAUAUUCGAUCAACUGAACAAAAUAGUUUGUAUCUGAACAAAUGUAUGAGCUCUAUUCCAGUUUUCUAUAUUUUGUUCACACACUAAACUGAAUGAAAAACAGAAAGGCAUAGUAUAAAAUUGUUUGUGAGACGGAAACAUUCGUUUUCAUGACAUAAAUAUGCUGAAUGACUGACUUUGUUUUGGCAAUGUUGUUAAUGAAAAAAAUGAGUGAGUAAUAUUACAAUCACUUUGAUUACUGACUGAAGCUGCUGAUGAUAUGAAUAUCCAUUCCACAUUGAAAUAACACUAUUGAUUAUAUUGAAUAGUUGGAUAUUAUUGACUGGAUUAUUAGAAUAAAAGCAGCUACAACGUCCUGAGAAAAAAAUCAUCAAUUCAACUCCAUACACAUGUGCAAUGUGUGUAAUGUAUGUAAUGCACUUUCAUAAAUACGGGGGAAAAGAUAAUAAUAGGAAUUGUUUACAUAUACAAAUUUGUGGGACAGUAAAUGAACACCACAUAUAAAACGAGUUGAUUCCAACUAUUUCAAGCAGAGCAAAUGAUUGCACAAAACUUUUUAAUGUCGAUACUAAGAAUGGGAGGUUUACCACCCAUUAUAUUUCAUGACGUGCGCAUUCCAAUGCAUAGAACUAUUCCAUACACGAGUACUAUACUGUUUAAGCAAAGUAAAUAUUACCAUAAUUAAAUAAAUUAUACUAUACAGUGAUAUAAGUUUCAUACGUACAUAUACAAUUAAUAGCAAUUUUUAAAUAUUAAUUUUAUGUUUGAGAAUUUAUAUUGAAAAAACUAUAUAUAUUAUAUAUUUAGAGUUAAGGUAGAUUUUUCAGAGAAAACACAUGAAUGGAAAAAUCUAUAAAUUUGAUAGUUAAUGAAACAUUGGCUGUAAGAUAUUAAUCUAUGGAAGUGGCUGUAGAAAUCUUUCUUUUUCUUUAGUCAUAUCAUCCAGCAUUGAAUACGGGACAGAGGCAUUUGUAAACUCCAACGCAGAAUGUGCAAUUAGAGAGGAACCAGAAACUUACAAGCCUAAUAUAUCAUUGUAAAUAGUGAUUCACACCAUAAAAUAAGAAUUGAUUUCAAUUUCCCCAAGUGUAAAUAAUAUUUUAUAUAAGAGAGUAAUUUUACAAUGGAAGGUCCAGUGAUAUUGUUAGAGCACAACAUUUGAUAUAAUCAAGAUUUGUACGUAGUGUAUUUGCUUUUAUAAUACGUCAUAAAACACUACUAACAUACGAUUAUUUGAUUGAGUUGAGAAAAUUACGAACAGUAAUUUUCAAUAUUGGAUUUCAUGGUUCUAUAUUGACUAAAGCUGGUGUGCCAUGAAAAACUUGUAAAUUUGAACAAUAAAAGAGAAAAAGUAAAAAAAAAUACAACCCUAAUUAAUGACAACUUCAAAUAAAUUUUACUACUACACAAGUGAGUGGAUAGAAUUUUUUGUAAUUUAUCAUAGAAGUUACGCAUUGAUUGAUAACAACUGUCACAUGAGCUUAUCUCACAUCAGUGGUGAUUCAGAUAUGUAAUUAAUACUAUGCAACGGUAAACAAAAUUAAACUCUGAUUUUCUUAAACUGAAAAAAGAAAGGUUUUUAUGGCCCUUGAAAAGUGCAUGAAAUUAUUUAUUAAUGCAAUAAAAUACAGCGAAUAAUGUUAUUUGUUACUAUUUGAAAACUAUCAUGUCUUUGAAAUUCAAUAUUUGAAUACAUUGAUGUAUGCCUAGUUAAGAAACAAGUAUGCUGGAAAAAUAACAAAUUUCAAAUAUAUUUUAAAAAUGUUCAAAUUAUAAAAAUAUUCUUCUCAACAUAUCAGUUCAAUUUAAAUAUUCAAUAUACAUCGGUAUCAAAACUUUAAAUCUUGAAUGUUAUUCUCGAUGUUACUCAUAUCAAGAGUUUUAAUCCCUUUUCAUAUCUUCACAUAUCAGAAAAGCAAGUACUAAAAUGAGUGAGUAUUCAUUUCUACUUCAUCAUGCGAAACAAUUUUUGAUAAUCACCAUGUUGAAUUUGAGAGAGCAAUUUGAAAAAAAUGCUUUCCUUACCUAUGGUGAUAGGGCAAGGAAAGUUAAAACACUGGCCAAUUUUACAUAAUAAUUUAUCGAGUGAUAUUAAUCGUAUCAAAAAUACACCAAAGUUUCAAUCUAUCAAAUUAAUGAAUGUCUGACAUAUCCAGAUCUUCUCAUACCAAUAAUCAAUAAAAUAUAACUUUUCUCUUCAAAUCUGAGCUGAAACAACACAACAAACUAGGCUAAAUGAGCCUUUAAUGUCAGUUUGUUUUGAGUGGGUAUGAACAUUUUGAAUAGUUGGCACAGUUCCUUGUUAGCAUAGAUUCAAACAUUAAAAUUCAGUUCAUUAUAUAAUGAAAUGUAAAUGUUUAUCUAUCUUCAAUAGCAUAUUUUACUUUCGAUCUGUUUAUCAAAUAGAAGAAUAAUAAAUGUGGAGGCAAUAUUAGCUGAAAUAGUCAAAUCACGAUUUUAGAAACCAAUUUGAAGUUGAAAGAUUCAAUAAUUGAAAAUAAUUAUUAUUUUAUUUAAAUUAACCUUUCUUCAAUGACAAGUGAAUAAAUUUGAACAAAAAUCGAAAGACAAAUAAAAAGACUUAUAAGCAAUCUAUCAACAAUAUAAUAUCAACAUUCUAUGUUCCUGAGACCAUUCAUAACUGAUAAAGACAUUCUAGACAUUAAUUAUUUGAAAUACAGCACUUAAAAGAUGACAAUACAAACCUAACGUAAUUAUGUUCAUGUUAUAAUAUUAUGAGGAUAACUAGGUGAGCUUGUAAUUUCAAUUAUGAGCUCUAGUAUCCUCUCAGCAGUUAUUGUUGGAUAAUAUAUGGCUAUUAAAUGUUAUAAUUUAAUUUUGAAUGAUCAAUGGGCUAAAGAUUUGUAAACCUAUUUUUUAAAAUAAUUAAUAUUGAACAUAAACUGUGAAAAUUAUUUGUCUAGUUCUUCAAGAAGCAACACUAGAAUUUCCAAAGAUAAAGGUACACUGAUGAAGAGUCCGUUUUAUACUCAAGAAGUAUGAAAUUCCAUCCAAUAUUUGAAUAAUUUGAUAAUUCUUUCAGAAAUUGAUUGGGAAAAAUUAGAUUAAAUUUAGUCAAGAGGAAUUUGAAUAAGUUAUUUCUGGAUUACAGAAAAUGUUAUAUUCAUGAGAAUCACCUCUCUCGUACUGAGUUACACAAAAAUUCAAGUUAUAGCCAGUUCCUUCAGUAGAUUUCUCUUCAGAAAUUUCAUGUUACUUCACAGAAAGCUCUCGUUGGAGUGACUAGCAGUAAGUUUGAAAACAUUGGUAGUUGAAAACAUAAAUUUUCAGAUUAAUACAGGCAGAUGUGGCAAGUGUCAGAUAAAUAAGGAAGACAAGAGAGAUUGUUGAAGAAUAAAAUAAAAAUAGUGACACUGGUUAAAAUGAAUUAGACUUCUGAAAUGGAAGUCACUGAAUACUCUUCAAUCCAAGCAUAAAUCCAGCAUCCCAUAACAUUCAAGGAUAGUACAUAAUUUCCUUCUUGAUGUUUUGCUUAACCAAUUUUUGAUUAAAUAUUGUAACAUCAAAUUUUUAAGCAGUCAUUGAGUGUGAUGAUAACAAAUAAUAAUGAUAUACAAUCAAUUAAUAGACGAACAUUAUUUGCUUGGGCCAAAUAUUUUUGUUUCUGUUGGGAAGUGCCUUAAUUACAGUAUGAAACAAUUUCUGUUAAAAAGGUUACAAAUACUCACAGCUCUAAACUCACAGUUAAUGGCGAUUAUAGACUUUGUCUAGUAGUAAUAUAAUAUUCCAUUAACCCAAUCCCAUCCAACCCAACAAAUGAUUUAUAUUAACAGAUUUCAAACUCACUACCAAGUUUGGUCCCUUGAAUUAUGUAUUUAAGUGGAAUGCCACUGCAAAGAACAAAUGUGUGUUUUUUAUUAGUUGCAAUGACUACCAACUUGAGAGAGAUUAUGAGAACGAAAUUUCUUGAUUGAUGAGUGAAUAUGUACACGAAUAGGUGACAUGAAUUUGAUUGUAUAUAACAUUUUCAGUAAUUUAAAGAUCUUUAAAUGAUAUUACUGUAUGCAAGAGUGUACAGUUUGAUAAAACGAUUCAGUAUUGUAUGGAAGCUAUGGAAUACUACUUAUCUAAAACAUUGUUAAUUAUAAGUUCAGUCUCUAAAAUUUACUAUAUGGGACUUGAUGAUUCUCAUUCCACAUUAUAAUUGAUUCAUUCGCCUCAUAAAAUAUAAGUAUGCAUUUUCAUAAUUUAGAUUGAUCACGAUAUUGUUCUGAGCUAAUUUUAUAUCGAUGUUAUUAAGAUAAUAUUAGACAAAUAAUAAGGAAUCACUGAAUAAUUGUUAACCAUGACAAUAAUUUUUCAACAGUUAUAUUAUUUUUAGAGUUUCUAUUAAAGGUAAGAGAUGUGAUUGUUCGAGUUCUAAGCAUAAUCAAGUGUGAGGUUGAAAAUAUUCAUAAUGGAAUAUCUAUAAAAAGAACGGUUUCCAGAGUGUUAUAAUUUUAUUCAGUUUAUGAACCAUCAUCAAGUACAAUUCAAUGAAAAUUUAUUGGUUACUCAACAAUUAAUGGAUGAAAAUGAACUUGAGUAGAAAGUAUAAUUCAUUAUUAUUUAUCAAUGUCAAUUGAAACAUUGUGAAAGUUCGCUGAAUAUCAGAUUCUACAGAUUUCCAGUUUUUUAUAAGGUGGUGCUAGAGCUAAUACUUGAAAUUCAUUAACAUUGGAAAACCCACUUUGUGAAAAUUUUACUGUACUUACGAAGAUCUAUGUAAAUCACUUUCUAUUCACCUUCCUAGUAAUCAUGAAACCUACUUUUAAAUCAAGAAAAAUAUGAAAUUUUCAUGAUUGGAGUGUAGAUGGACAUUUAACUCAAUGAAAAUACUUUAGACAGUAAUUUAUUUAGAAAACUACACAUAAGGAAUCAAAACAUAAGAGAUCAAAAAUAGGUCCGUCAAUAGUUAGUUCUUAUCAUGUAUCCAAUCCAAAUGGAAAGCGGAUUUUUUUGUUU